UUAGGAGGUGGAAGGAGAAUCACAGCAGUGGUCGCGCUGCUGAGGGUCGGGACCGGGAAUUAACGCUGCGCUUUCCGGCAAAAACGUUAUAUUAUAAUAGCUUUAAAAAAAAAAAAUCCCUUUGGAUCCAUAUUUUUGUACCAGUAACAACAAAGGAUGUAUUUCAACUGAAAGUUCUACUCGAAACGCUGGAAACUAUUCCUCAGAAAUGGAAGGACAUAUUCCAUGGAUUAUUUUGUCAUUUUUACUCUUUAUGAACGUCGGAGAGGGGUUCCAUUGUGUAGAUAGAUACACACCUUGUGAAAAUGGAGGGACAUGCAUUGAUUCAUCCUGCAUAUGUCGACCUGGAUUCAUUGGCUCCCUUUGUCAGUACCGAGAUCCUUGUUCUCAAUCGUCGUGUCAAAAUGGGGCCGCUUGCAAGAGCCAGGUUGUCAAAGGUAUCCCACAAUACACGUGUGUAUGCCGAAGAGGGUUCACAGGUCAAGACUGCUCCCGCAUUGAUGCCUGUGCCACCAGUCCCUGUGCCAAUGGAGCCCGUUGUGUUAAUUGGAAUGACCAAUACAACUGUUCCUGCCCACCUGGCUUCCAGGGAAAAAACUGCCACAAUGACAUAAACGAGUGCCGCAAACCUGGUGUGUGUCUCAACAAUGGCCUCUGCAUUAACAUGAAGGGAUCCUUCCGCUGCCAGUGCCAACCAGGAUAUAGUGGCCGUAUAUGUGAGGUGCCCACCUUACCCUGUGCCCCAUCUCAGUGCCUUAAUGGGGGUACCUGCCGACAGACCAGCGACCACUCUUAUGAAUGUGCUUGCCUGCCAGGGUUUGAGGGGCACAACUGUGAGAAAAAUGUGGAUGACUGUCCAGGCCACAAGUGCAUGAAUGGAGGAUUAUGUGUGGAUGGAGUCAAUACCUACAACUGCCAGUGUCCCCCAGAGUGGACGGGACAAUACUGUGCAGAGGAUGUCAAUGAGUGUCUCAUGCAACCCAAUGCUUGCCACAAUGGGGGCACUUGCUUCAACACAAUUGGCGGACAUACUUGUGUAUGUGUUAAUGGGUGGACUGGAGAUGACUGCAGUGAAAACAUUGAUGACUGUGCAACAGCCGUAUGCUUUAAUGGGGCCACCUGCCAUGACCGUGUGGCGUCCUUCUUCUGCGAGUGCCCCGUUGGAAAGACAGGUUUGCUGUGUCACCUUGAUGAUGCAUGUGUCAGCAACCCCUGUAAUGAGGGCGCCGUGUGUGACACCAACCCCCUUAAUGGCCGAGCUAUUUGCACCUGUCCUGCUGGCUUUGUGGGAGGAGCCUGCAACCAGGACAUGGAUGAAUGCUCCAUUGGUGCAAACCCAUGUGAACAUUUUGGGAAAUGUGUGAACACAGAGGGCUCAUUCCAGUGUCAGUGUGGCCGAGGAUAUGCAGGCCCUCGCUGUGAGAUUGACAUCAAUGAAUGUCUUUCCAUGCCCUGCCAGAAUGAUGCCACCUGCUUGGACCGCAUUGGAGAGUUCACCUGUAUUUGCAUGCCAGGCUACACGGGGACUUACUGUCAGACGGACAUUGAUGAUUGUGAAAGCAACCCAUGUGUAAAUGACGGCGUCUGUCGCGACACGGUGAAUGGCUUCACCUGUACCUGCCAACCAGGGUUUAGCGGCACCAUGUGUCAAAUCGACAUAGACGAGUGUGCUAGCACUCCCUGCCAGAAUGGAGCAAAAUGCCACGAUCGGCCCAAUGGGUUUGAGUGCCGCUGUGCUGAAGGUUAUGAAGGGACUCUCUGUGAGAGUAAUAUCAACAACUGCCAGCCAGAUCCAUGCCACCAUGGCACCUGCAUAGAUGGAAUUGCAAGCUACACAUGUAAUUGUGAUCCUGGAUACACAGGCUAUCGCUGUGAGAAUCAACUCAACGAAUGCCACAGUAACCCAUGUCAGAAUUCUGGAAAGUGUGUAGACCUGGUCAACAAGUACAUCUGUCAGUGUCAGCAUGGAACCUCAGGUACAAACUGUGAGAUUAACUUUGACGACUGUGCCAGUAAUCCCUGUGAUUAUGGCAUCUGCAAAGAUGGCAUCAACCGCUACGAUUGUGUCUGCAAGCCUGGCUUUACUGGUCCGAAAUGCAAUGUGGAAAUAGAUGAAUGCGCCUCCAGCCCUUGUAGGAAUGGUGGAACAUGUGUUGAUGAAGAGAAUGGAUUUCACUGCCUGUGUCCUGAGGGGUUCAAACCCCCAUACUGUUACUCCCAGGUAGAUGAAUGUGGCAGCAGCCCCUGUGUCCAUGGUUCAUGCAGAGAGGAUAUCAAUGGUUACCGCUGUGACUGCGAACCUGGAUGGGUGGGGAAGAACUGCGACCUGGAUAGAAACGAUUGUUUGCCAAGUCCUUGCCAGAAUGCUGGCACAUGCAUUGACAAAUUAAACGGUUUUACCUGCAAGUGUCGCCAAGGCUUCAUAGGUAACCUCUGCCAGGUGAACAUCAAUGAAUGUGCAUCCAACCCCUGUCUGAAUAAAGGCACAUGUGUGGAUGGUGUGGCAAGUUUCACCUGCGUGUGCGAGCUUCCUUACAGCGGACCCACUUGUGCAGAGGUCCUCACCCCUUGCUCCCCUAACCCAUGUGCCAAUCAUGCAGUCUGUACCCACACGGCUGACUAUCUGGGCUAUCAGUGCAACUGCCAGCCAGGGUGGCAAGGUCAGUUGUGUAACAUAGAUGUGAAUGAGUGCAUUUCCAACCCCUGCAAAAACCGUGGGACCUGCACUAACACGCUCGGAGGUUUCGUAUGCUCUUGCAGAGCAGGAUUUACUGGACUCACUUGUGAAACAGACAUCAAUGAUUGUGUUCCUAAUCCCUGUCUAAGUGGUGGGUCCUGCACAGACGGUGUGAAUUCAUACCACUGUAGCUGCCUGCCAGGCUUUACAGGAUCCCGGUGUGCUCUGGAGAUCAAUGAAUGCCAGAGUAACCCCUGCAAAAAUGGAGGUACUUGUACAGACUAUGUCAACUCCUACACGUGCACAUGUCGACCCGGUUUUACCGGCAUCCACUGCGAAAUAAACAUCCCCGACUGUACUGAAAGCUCUUGCUUCAACGGAGGAACAUGCACAGAUAAAAUCAAUGGCUAUUCCUGUACCUGCCGCUCAGGCUUCACUGGGUCGCACUGCCAAUACGAAGUCAAUGAAUGCAACUCCCAGCCUUGUCUUAAUGGAGGCGUUUGUCAAGAUGGCCUGGAGUCCUUCCGCUGCACUUGUCCCAAAGGUUAUACUGGCAACCGCUGCCAGACCCCAGUUGACUGGUGUAGACGCUCCUCUCCAUGUCAAAAUGGAGGUCGCUGCAGACAAAACGAUGCUUCUUUUACCUGCGAGUGUAAAAACGGUUGGUCAGGACAUUACUGCGACAUCCCCAGAGUUUCUUGUGAGACAGCUGCUCGGCAGAGAGGGAUCCAAACAGAUGAAUUGUGUCACCACGGGGGUCACUGUGUCAACACUGGAAAUACACACUUUUGCAAAUGUCCUGCUGAUUACACUGGCAGCUACUGUGAAAGUCAAGUGGACCACUGUGAGGACAAACCUUGCCGUAAUGGCGCCACCUGCAGGCCUUACGUUGGUGGAUAUCAGUGUGACUGCAUGCCAGGCUUUAUGGGACAGAACUGUGAGAGAGAAAUCAAUGAGUGCCAAUCUCAUCCUUGCCAGAAUGGAGGCACAUGCAUCGAUCUAGUGGGGCAUUAUAUUUGCUCCUGCCCUCCUGGCACACUGGGCGUUCUCUGUGAGAUUAAUGAAGACGACUGUAAUACCCCCGUGAGGCCGCGCAAUGCUCCCCCGAAGUGCCUGAACAACGGCACCUGUGUGGACAGAGUGGGUGGUUAUCGAUGCAAUUGUCCCCCUGGUUUCACGGGAGAAAGAUGUGAGGGAGACAUAAACGAGUGCCUCUCCAACCCCUGCAGUCCUUCUAACAGCUUUGACUGCAUACAGUUACCCAAUGACUACCAGUGUGUCUGCAAACCUGGCUUCACAGGUCGCAGGUGUCAGAACAAGUUCAGCGUUUGUGAGUCUCAGCCAUGUCAGAAUGGAGGAGCCUGUUCUGUAAGCAGCAGCUCUCCUCUUGGAUACACCUGCACAUGUCAGCUUGGAUAUAUCGGUCCAAACUGUGAGAGAAGCAUGUCCUGUCGGGAACUGUCCUGCUACAAUGGCGGCAGCUGCACACUUACCUCCAGGGGGGCACGUUGCAGCUGCCUGCCAGGCUAUGGCGGCCCCCAGUGUCAGCACCGUAGCACUGAGGGAUGUUCCUCCAAACCAUGCCGCAAUGGAGGGGUUUGCACGGAAGAGACCAGCUAUCCUUACUUCAGCUGCCAAUGUUCUAAGGACUGGGCUGGGAAACGGUGUGAGCACAAGUCGCUUGUGCUUCAGGUGCCCACGUGUCCUCUGUCAGACUGCCAUCGCAAAGCCAAUGACAGCGUCUGUGAUAAGGAAUGCAACACAUUUGCUUGCCGCUGGGAUGGAGGGGAUUGCUCCCUGGCAAUGAACCCCUGGGCCAAUUGCACAAACCCCAUGUGCUGGCGUGUCUUCAACAACAGCCAGUGUGAUGAGGCCUGCAACAACGAAGACUGUCUGUAUGACAACUUUGACUGCCGAAACAAAGAAAAAGUUUGCAAUCCCAUUUAUGAAACAUAUUGCCUCGACCACUAUGCUGAUGGCAAAUGUGACGAGGGCUGCUUCACGGAGGAGUGUGGUUGGGAUGGCAUGGACUGCGGUGGAAAGUUUCCAGAAGACAUUGUUGAUGAUGUCCUGGUUUUGGUAGUCCUUCUGCCUCCAGAUGAGCUUCUCCGCACCAGCUCAGCUUUUCUCCAUAAGUUAAGCAUCAUCCUGCGCACUUCGGUGCGCUUCAAGUUGGACCAGAAUGGAAAAGCCUUGAUCCGCCCAUACACCCGCCGGGAAGGACGCUUCAAACGGGAAUUAGAACCUCAAGAGGAGGUUAUCGGGUCCAUUGUUUACUUGGAGUUGGACAACCGUAUGUGUUCACAGGGCUCCGAGGAAUGCUUCCCUUCAGCUGAAAGGGCUGCAGAGUAUCUGGGAGCUUUGUCGGCAGUUGAAAACCUCCGCUUUCCUUAUCCCCUGAAAACAGCCCGAGCUGAAAAGAUCCAACCUCCAGAUGUGGAAAUGCCAACAUGGGUCCAGCUAAUGUUUGCAGGAAUGGGGUCCCUUUUCAUUUUGGUCCUCCUCGCGAUAGGCAUGUUGAUGACUCGCAGGAAGAGGGAACACAGCACCCUCUGGUUCCCUGAGGGAUUCUUCCUCAAAAAAGAACCGAGCAGUAACAAGAACCGCAGAGAACCUGUGGGCCAGGAUGCUCUUGGAAUGAAACACAUGCCAAAAACAGUGGAGGAAUCUCUUCUUGGAGAUCACAGUGACCAGUGGAUGGAUCCAGACUGCCCUGAGCCAAAAAGAAUCAAGGUUGAAGAACCGAGCUUGCUCUCAGACUGUGAAGAUGCAGUGGACUGCAGACAGUGGACACAGCAUCACCUUGCAGCUGCAGACAUCCGUGUACCACCUACUAUGGCCCUCACACCACCUCAGGGAGAGUUUGAAAGUGACUGCAUGGAUGUAAAUGUCCGAGGCCCAGAUGGUUUUACACCACUGAUGCUGGCGUCCUUCUGUGGAGGCGGCUUAGAGUCUGAGGUGGCAGAGGAGGAGGAGAGUGAGGAGUGUUCUGCCAACAUCAUCUCCGAUCUGAUAUACCAGGGUGCAUCUCUGGCCGCUCAGACAGACCGCACCGGCGAGACGGCCCUCCACCUGGCCGCUCGUUACGCCCGAGCUGAUGCUGCUAAGAGGCUGCUGGAUGCUGGGGCUGACGCCAACGCUCAAGACAACACAGGACGCUCUCCACUACACGCUGCAGUGGCUGCAGAUGCACAGGGGGUUUUCCAGAUUCUGAUCCGGAAUCGCGCCACAGACCUAGACGCCCGCAUGUAUGAUGGUUCCACCGCUCUAAUCCUGGCUGCACGGCUGGCAGUGGAGGGCAUGGUAGAGGAGCUUAUCACUUGCCAUGCAGAUGUCAAUUCUGUUGACGAACUGGGUAAAUCUGCCUUGCACUGGGCUGCAGCUGUCAACAAUGUGGAUGCCACUGUAGCCUUGCUAAAGAAUGGUGCAAACAAAGAUAUGCAAGAUCUAAAGGAGGAAACUCCUCUCUUCCUUGCAGCCCGUGAGGGCAGCUGCGAAGCUGUGAAGGUGCUGCUGGCUCACUUUGCAAACAGAGAAAUUACUGACCACAUGGAUAGAUUACCAAGAGACAUUGCUCAGGAGCGAAUGCACCACGACAUUGUGCAGCUUCUUGAUGAGUAUAACACAGUAAGGAGUCCCCAGGGCCACGGAGGGGCUGGACAUCACCUCAGUGGCGGGCACACUCUGUCACCACUCAUGUGCCCUCCCAGUGCCUUCCUUCCCAGCCUCAAAAACACACCACAGGGCAAGAAAAAUCGCCGGCCUGGGGCAAAGGGGGUAAGUCUGGGAAGCCAGCAUGCUGCAAGCAUGAAAGAGUCAGUUAAGCCCCGCAACAAGAAGCUAAGCCUGGACAUGCAGAGUGCCUUAUUGGAUAGCUCAGUUACUCUAUCCCCAGUUGACUCACUGGACUCACCACACGGUGGAGCGAGCAAUGCUGGCUAUAUGACCAACCCAACUUCUCCUGUGACCAUGCAGUCACCCGGGCUUUUCCACUCAUCCAUGUCGGUUCCAAACACCCCAAUGGUACAUAGCAGCAUGUUGGAAGGUGGGGGGCCCUUCGCUGUUUCUCUUGCUCAUAUCAAUGACCUUGGAGCGGGAGCAAUGUCCUUGCAGGGUCGUGUCUCUAUGCCUUCAGAUGUCAAUCACGGGUAUGUGUUGAGUUCAGGCCAGAUGGGGCUCAACAUGGGUAUCGUCAGUCCCGUCAGUGUGCCCUUUGACUGGCACAACCACAUGGCCCCUUCGUCCCAGUGCGGCCAGCAGAUUGUGAAUAUUGUGCAAAACAGCCAGGCGGGCAUGCAUCCCCAGAGUUCAGCCGUGCAGCAGCAGAACAUGCUGAUGCACCAACAGCAGCUGUACCGCAGCCAAAUGCUGCAGCCUACACCUGUUACCUCCACACCCACCAUCAGUCCAGUCAAACUGCCUUCGAUUGCUGAGCAACAACAGCAGCUCAUUAAUCACAGCAUCCCCAAUCAGCAAAACAUGACCCGCAUCAGCACUUCUACUCCACCAACACCUCAGACCACACAGCCCCCACCAUCUUUUUUCCAGCAGCAGCUGCCUCAGCAACCCUCACAGCCUCCUUCUCAGUCCAGCCAAGGAGCGACACAAGCAUCCCAGCCCCCUCAGCCUCUUCCAUCCCAGUCCAGUGCCGGCACUGCAGGAAAGGAGGACUACCCAACCCCUCCCUCCCAGCACAGCUACACAUCCACAUUAGAUGCUACACCCAAGCAUUACCACAAUUUGCCCAGUGAGCAUCCCUAUCUGACCCCAUCUCCAGAGUCUCCUGAGCACUGGUCCAGUCCUUCUCCUCACUGCGUCUCCGACUGGUCAGAUUCUACCCCAAGCCCGGCGGUUACUGUCCCCAACCAGACCCAGAUUACCCAAAUUCCAGAGGCAAGCGGCAAGAUGCAGGUGUUUGCGUGAAGACCCUCUGGCUUCUGCUCACUAAGGGACCUUUGGUAAAAGGAUCUGUGGACAGACUGUCAAGCUCCGUUUGGAUUUUAUAAUGUCCACCUGUUUCCAAGAUUUUCAUUGGAGUUAGGUUGACAGUGUUUGUCACAAGGACCGUCUGCUAGUAAUCUUUGCAGAAAAAAAAAUAAAAUAAAAUAAAGGGAACUAUCUGUUGUCUGCAAAAACAGCAGGCAAUUUAAUGAAGUAAUUCUGUUACAGAUGGACUUGUUUUUAUUAUUAAAAAUAUAUGAAGAAAACCAAGUCUUUAAUGUCAAAGACUUAGGGACACUAUCCUAAAAUCUAACAUUUUAAAAGUAGAUAAGAGGAAAAGAAAGUGAUUUGUCGAAGGGAAUUCCUUUAUUUUAUUUAUUGUUUUUAUGUAUCUCAGCGGCUUUUUAGUUUUCUCUCUCUUAGCUUCUCAUAAGUGCCAUCAAAACGGUAAAAGCUGUAUUAGAAAUACAUUUCAAAAGUUGCCCUGGGGUAGUGAUUGAACCGAUUGACUGUUUUAAAUGUGGUUUGAAAAAAAAAAAAGACUUUCUAUAUAAGUAUUAUAAACAAGAAUGUAGAUAAGUGUCGAAAGCACUUCAAGUGACAAGCCUUAAAGGGCAAGUCAGGGUCAAACACAACCAUGAAUAUUUAUAAUAUAUGAUGGCGUUUAAUCCAUUUCCUUUUGGUAAUCCACGUAAAGAAGCAGAGAGAUUGUUGGUUCUUUUUUUUUAUACCUUAUCAGCGAUGUAAAAGGGGUCUUACUGUCAGUUUUACUGCCUACUGUUUAUUUAUGUUUCACACAAACCUUUUUUUUUAUUUUUUUGCCUGUAAAAUUAGCCUCUCACUGCCCUCAUUUUUUAUACUCUGUAUAUUUGUGGAAACCCAUGAAUAACCUUUUCUGAGCAUCACUUUAGAUGUAUUAAGCUAUGCUUAUAUCAGCUGCUAUCUCGUAUCUUCCCUGCAAACAUUCCUCCAGUGCUCAUGUCUUGUUUGGUUUAGACGCUGUGCCUUUAGGUGACACCCAGACUGCUUGAUUUGGUGAAUCCUGUCCCUACGUGGACGGAACGGACUUCCUGUAACCGUUGAGAUCGGGGCUCUCGCCUCGCCUUGCUCGUGUUUGCAGCGGCGCGGAAGCCUUUGAGCAUGGCUGCUGGGCUGUGACUGCUUAUGCCCUGUCACUCCUCAGGGAGGUGUUUUAUGGCAUGCAGAGAGGAACGCUUCCCCUGCAUCUACAGCAGCUUCCAGUCCAGAAGCCAUAGAGCUGCAUCUUCACGCGGUUGUUUAAAGAGACGCAGGAAGAAGAAAGACGGAAAAAA